AUGGCUACUUCAGCCAUGAACCCAACAAACUUUUCUACCGAUCAAUCUGCUCUCCUUUCCUUAAAAUCUCAAAUCAUUUUGGACCCUUUUCACUUGUUGGAUGAAAGUUGGUCUCCAACUACUUCUGUUUGCCAUUGGGUCGGAGUCACUUGUGGUUCUCGCCACCAGAGAGUGAGAUCACUCAAUAUUUCCAAUAUGGCAUUAAUCGGAAAAAUUCCUUCUCAUAUCGGGAAUCUCACAUUUCUUGUUUCCCUCGACUUGAGUCACAACAACUUGUAUGGCAAUUUGCCUCAAGAAAUAGCACAUCUACGUCGAUUAAGGUUUCUUAAUUUGGGUGUUAAUAUGCUUAGCGGGGAGGUUCCUUCAUGGUUUGGGAACUUACACAAACUUCAAGUUCUGAAUCUUAGGAAUAAUAGUUUCAAUGGUUUCAUCCCCUCUCUAUUAUCUAAUAUUUCCGGGCUUCAAACUUUAAAUUUGAGAUUCAAUUCUUUAGGUGGUCAGAUACCAGAAAAGAUUGGCAAACUUCAAAACUUAAAGGAAUUAAAUAUAGAAGCUAAUCGACUUACAGGAUCUAUACCAUUCUCGAUCUUCAACAUUUCUGGAAUAAAGGUCAUUGCAUUGACAGAUAACACUUUAUCAGGAAAUCUUCCUCCUGAUAUGUGUGAUCGACAAUCAAUGUUGGAAGAGCUUUAUCUAAGUUUCAACGAGCUACGUGGUCAUAUGCCUCUAAGCUUGCCAAACUGUUUGAAACUUCAACUAUUGUCUUUAUCAGUGAACAAGUUUGAUGGACCUAUACAUAGUGAAAUUGGACAUUUAAGUGACCUACGUAUUUUGUAUCUCGGACAGAACCAAUUUGAAGGGACAAUUCCACAAGAUAUUGGGAUUCUUGAUAAUUUGGAGGUUUUGGGGCUAGAGAGAAACCAUCUAACUGGGAGCAUCCCAAUCUCCAUAUUCAAUAUCUCCUCGUUGCAAACGAUGUCAUUGGAAAUGAACAAUCUCAUGGGAUCCUUACCGAGGGAGAUAGGCAACUUGAACAAAUUGCGGAUUCUAUAUCUUGGUUACAAUAUGCUAACAGGGACAAUACCACAGGAAAUCGGGAUUCUUGAUAAUUUGGUGGAAUUAGGACUAGAUAGCAACCAGAUUACGGGUCAUAUCCCAAUCUCCAUAUUCAAUAUCUCCUCGCUGGAGACGUUGUAUUUGGAAAGGAACCACCUCAUUGGAUCCUUGCCAGGGGAGGUUGGCAACUUGACCAAAUUGCAGAGUCUACGUCUUACUGAAAACAAGCUAACAGGUAUGUACAUAUAUAGUAAAAAAAGGUAA